GAUUUCUACGAAAAUCAAAUGCAUCGUACAAAAUUUUGGCUUACACCCAAGAAUCAAGCGGAGGACCUAACGGGUUCAAGUUUUUCCGAUCACAUGUAUGUUUCUUCUUCUUCUGCUUCUUCUUCUUCAGAUGAUGAAAAUAACCUCUCUAAUGAUGACACAUCUAAGAAGUUAGUCCUUUAUGACCAUGUGACAAAUGGAGACAACACAAAUCAACUUGCCCCUGACCCUCUUCGGCGUAGACCUCCACGACCUUUGCGAAGCAAACCUCCAAGUUCAGCUCCUAAAGUUUUGCCAGUAGUUGGUGCGUUCACUGUUCAAUGUAAUUCCUGUUAUAAAUGGAGGUUGAUUCCAACAAAGAAAAAAUAUGAAGAAAUACGGGAACAUAACCUUCAACAUCCUUUUAUUUGUGUAAAAGCUCGUGAGUGGCGACCCGAUAUAUCUUGUGAUGAUCCAGAGGAUGUUUCUCAGGAUAACAAUAUGAUUUGGGCUAUUGACAAGCCAGAAAUUCCACAGGCUCCCGAUGGAUGGCAGCGACUGCUACGAAUCAGAGGUGAAGGAAGCAGCCAAUUUGGAGAUAUAUACUAUAAAGCACCAUCAGGCAAGAAAUUGCGCUCAAUGCCCGAGGUCGAGAAGUUCUUUGCCGAUCAUCCAGAGUACGUGACAAAUGGUGUAACUUCUGCACGGUUCUCAUUUCAAAUGCCUAAGCCCUUGCAAGAGAACUACGUGAAGAAGAAGCGUUCUCAUGCUAAAUCUGUUGAACCUAAGCAAGUUAGUCCUUUAGCUUGGGCAGGUCCAGAAGCCGGUACUAAUUCGAAAGAGGGAAGACAUGUUUCCGACCCUGUUAGACGUCCUGCAAAGAAGCAAACAACUCAGAGUUUCAUCCAUAAAGAUACAGUUUAGUAAGAAAAACCUUGGUACACUAAUUAAAAUCAUGCAUUUGAAUAAAAAUUUAUGUAUAUUUGGAAUUAGUAAACUAAGUGUUGAAAAUGAACUGCUACAUUGGAUGAAAGGUAUAUCAAUUCAUUCCUUUGAGCAGAAUUAUAACAAGGAAACAUAAAAUAUUUGCAUCAACAGUGUAAAAACAGAAUUUAUUUACUUUGCGCAGAGUUAGUUAUCAAAUAUGUACUUGUGAGACCGUUUGUAUGAACU